CAAUACUAAUGACGUUAGUUAUAUUCCGAAUCAAACUCGCUGGGAUCCGUUCAAAUUACUCUCGGAGAAAGCCGAUCUAUCGCAAAAUGUAAAUUUCAUUUAUGGUUUGCAUACUUUAGCUGGUGCUGGAGAUCCAUCUAUAAAAAAUG